UCCUCGGCGGCCCUCGGUCACCCCCGGGAGGCAUCUCUCCGAGCGGCUGGCGGGGCCGGGCCGGGGCGGGCCAGGAAGCCUGGUCCCCGCCCGCUCGGCGAGGCCCGCGCGGCCCGCCACUUUGGAGCGGAGGAAGCGCGGGGCGGGUGGCGGGGGUGUGUCGGAAGGCGGCGGCCCCGGGUCUUAUAAUCCGCAGCGCGGGCGCGGCACGGGAGACCGGGCCCCGCGCAACCAGCACCGCGCCAUGGGGGCCGCGCCGCUGCCGCUGUCGCUGCAGCUGCUGCUGCUGCUGCUGCUGCCGCCGCCGCUCCCCGCCGCUCUGGAGCCCGGGCUGCUGCCCGGGGACUUUCCCGCCGACGAGGCAGGCGCGCACAACUUCACGCUCAGCUACGACGAGAGAGCCGAGCAGGUGCUGUUCAACAGCACGACCGCCAGCUGGGAGCACGACACCAACAUCACCACCGAGAACGCGCAGCGCCAGGAGGAAGCAGCCCUGCUCACCCAGGAGUUCUCUGAGGCCUGGGGCAAGAAGGCCAAGGAGCUCUAUGACCCGCACUUGCAAAACUUCAACAACAUCACGCGAAGGAUCAUCGAGAACGUGCGCAUCCUGGGGCCAGCCAACCUGGAGCUGCCAGAGCGGCAGGAGUAUAACUCUCUGCUAAACAAAAUGGCCCAAAUCUACUCCACCGCCAAGGUCUGCUUCCCCAACAAGACUGCCCCCUGCUGGUCCCUGGACCCAGAACUCACCACCAUCCUGGCCACCUCUCGGAGUUACACACAGCUGCUCUUUGCCUGGGAGGGCUGGCAUGAUGCCUCGGGCAUCCCACUGAAGCCUCUGUACCAGAACUUCACUGCCCUCAGCAACAAGGCGUACCAGCAGGAUGGCUUCGCGGACACGGGGGCCUACUGGCGCUCCUGGUACGAGUCCCCCAGCUUUGAGGAGGACCUGGAGAAGCUCUACCAACAGCUGGAGCCACUCUACCUGAACCUCCAUGCCUACGUCCGCCGCGCACUCUACCGCCGCUUCGGGUCCAGAUACAUCAACCUCCGGGGGCCCAUUCCGGCCCACCUGCUGGGGAACAUGUGGGCGCAGAGCUGGGAGACCAUCUAUGACAUGGUGGUGCCUUUCCCCAACAAGCCCAACCUCGAUGUCACGGACACCAUGGUGGAGAAGGGCUGGAACGCCACGCACAUGUUCCGGGAGUCUGAGAGGUUCUUCACCUCCCUGGGGCUAUUGCCCAUGCCUCCUGAGUUCUGGGCAAAGUCGAUGCUAGAGAAACCCAGCGACGGUCGGGAGGUGGUGUGCCAUGCGUCUGCCUGGGAUUUCUACAACAAGAAGGACUUCAGGAUCAAGCAGUGCACGCGGGUCACCAUGGACCAGCUGUCCACAGUGCACCACGAGAUGGGCCACAUACAGUAUUACCUGCAGUACAAGGACCAGCCCGUACCCCUGCGCCAAGGCGCCAACCCUGGCUUCCAUGAGGCCAUUGGGGACGUGCUGGCACUGUCCGUCUCGACACCUAGCCAUCUGCACAAAAUUGGCCUGCUGGACCAGGUCACUAAUGACAACGAAAGCGACAUCAAUUUCCUGUUGAAGAUGGCCCUGGAAAAAAUUGCCUUCCUGCCCUUUGGCUACUUGGUGGACCAGUGGCGUUGGGGGGUCUUUAGUGGGCGUACCCCGCCAUCUCGUUACAACUUCGACUGGUGGUAUCUGCGAACCAAGUAUCAAGGGAUCUGUCCUCCAAUUGCCCGAAACGAGAGCCACUUUGAUGCUGGAGCGAAGUUCCACGUGCCCAAUGUCACGCCGUACAUCAGGUACUUUGUGAGCUUCGUCCUGCAGUUCCAGUUCCAUCAAGCCCUGUGCAAGGAAGCAGAUCACCAGGGCCCCCUGCAUCAGUGCGACAUCUACCAAUCUACCAAGGCAGGGGACAUGCUCCGGAAGCUGCUGAAGCCCGGCUUCUCAAAGCCCUGGAUGGAUCUUCUGAAGGAAGUGAUUGGCACAGACAAGCUCGACGUGCAGCCGCUGCUCGACUAUUUCCAGCCGGUCACCCAGUGGCUCGAGGAGGAGAACCGGAAGAACCAGGAAGUCCUGGGAUGGCCAGAGUAUCAGUGGCGUCCCCCGCUGCCCCCCAAUUACCCAGAGGGCUUUGACCUGGUGACCGAUGAGACAAAGGCCAGCGAAUUUUUGGAGGAAUAUGAGCAGAAAUCCCAGGUGGUGUUGAAUGAGUACACCGAGGCCAGCUGGAGCUACAACACCAACAUCAGCACAGAGAACAGCAAGAUCCUGAUGGAGAAGAACGCCCAGAUGGCUAACCACACAGUCAAGUUCGGCCUCUGGGCCCGGCAGUUUGACGUGACCAACUUCCAGAACGCCAGCAUGAAGCGGAUGAUCAAGAAGAUCCAGCACAUCGACCGGGCGGCACUGCCCCCCAAGGAACUGACAGAGUACACCCAGAUCCUGCUGGACAUGGAAACCAACUACAGUGUGGCCUCCGUGUGCCAUGACAAUGGCACCUGCCUGUCGCUGGAGCCUGAUCUCACUUCUAUUAUGGCCACAUCCCGGAACUACGAGCAGCUGCUAUGGGCCUGGAAGGGCUGGCGGGACGAGGUGGGCAAAUCCAUCCGCUCUUCUUUCCCCAAGUACGUGGAACUCAGCAACAAGGCAGCCCAGCUCAAUGGCUACAGAGACGCAGGAGACGGGUGGCGGGCAGUGUACGAGACGCCAGCCCUGGAGCCUAUCCUGGAGCAGCUGCUGGAUGAGCUGCAGCCGCUCUACCUGAACCUACACGCCUACGUGCGCCGGGCCCUGCAUCGCCACUACGGGCCCCAGCACAUCCACUUGGAGGGCCCCAUCCCCGCCCACCUGCUGGGCAACAUGUGGGCACAGACCUGGUCCAACAUCUACGACCUGGUGGUCCCCUUUCCAUCAGCCCCCAAGUUGGAUGUCACAGAGAACAUGAUCAAACAGGGAUGGACCCCUAAAAGGAUGUUUGAAGAAGCCGACAAUUUCUUCACCUCCCUGGGCAUGCUGCCCGUGCCCCCCGAGUUCUGGAAUAAGUCCAUGCUGGAGAAGCCGACUGACGGGCGGGAGGUGGUAUGCCACGCCUCGGCCUGGGACUUCUACAAUGGCCGGGACUUCAGGAUCAAGCAGUGCACCACCGUGAACAUGGAGGAGCUGCUGGUGGUACACCAUGAGAUGGGCCACAUCCAGUACUUCAUGCAGUACAAGGACCAGCCCAUAACCUUCCGGGAGGGCGCCAACCCUGGCUUUCAUGAGGCCAUUGGAGAUGUGCUGACCCUCUCGGUGUCCACCCCCAAGCACCUCCACAGUAUCAACUUGCUGAGCAGUGAGAGUGGCAGCUACGAGGAAGACAUCAACUUCCUGAUGAAGAUGGCGCUCGACAAGGUGGCCUUCAUCCCCUUCAGCUACCUCAUCGACCAGUGGCGCUGGAAGGUGUUUGAUGGCAGCAUCACCAAGGAGCACUACAACCAGGAGUGGUGGAGCCUCAGGCUGAAGUACCAGGGCCUAUGUCCCCCAGUACCCAGGUCUCAAGAUGACUUUGACCCAGGGGCCAAGUUCCACAUUCCUGCAAAUGUGCCUUAUAUCAGGUAUUUCAUCGGUUUCUUCAUCCAGUUCCAGUUCCACGAGGCGCUGUGCCAGGCGGCUGGUCACACGGGCCCCCUGCAUAAGUGUGACAUCUACAAGUCCAAGGAGGCGGGGAAGCUUCUGGCGGAUGCGCUGAGACUGGGAUUCAGCAAGCCGUGGCCAGAGGCCAUGCAGCUGCUCACGGGCCAGCCCAACAUGUCAGCCUCGGCCAUGCUCAACUACUUCAAGCCGCUGCUGGACUGGCUGGUCACGGAGAACGGGCGGCAUGGGGAGAAACUGGGCUGGCCCCAGUACGACUGGUCUCCAGACUCGGCUCGUGCCAACGACGCCUCAGGAGGCAGCGGCCUCGUCAACUUCCUGGGCAUGAAUCUGGAGGAGCAGCAGGCCCGUGUGGGCCAGUGGCUGCUGCUGUUCCUGGGCGUGGCCCUGCUGGUGGCCACACUGGGCCUCACCCAGCGGCUCUUCCGCAUGCGCAAGCAGAGCCGCCAUCAGAUGCAAAGUGGGCCCCCGUUCGGCUCGGAGGUGGAACUCAGGAACUCCUGAAGGCCCGGCGGGGCCAGAUCAAGGAUGGGGCUCUCGAGCCCAUCUCAGCCCCACCCCCCGCCUCCAGCCCUGCCCCUUCCACCCUCUGCAUCCAGUGCUGUGCUGAAGGCCCAUUCUGCACGCUCCAC